AUUGUUAUCCAGUUCCGUGCGGCCGCCGUACGCACGCCCUGUCAAUCAAAACAACGGAGUAUGCGAAAUACCUAAUUAGAUCUCGGUGCCGAAUCUCGGCGAUCGAAACCAGGCUAUCUAUCCGUGCGGCUAAUUAGCUCGGACGUAAAGUUGCGGCGCAGUCAUAUAGGUUUAGCGCACAAUGUGUUGUUGUAACAUACAUGUAGGUCGGUGAUUGUCUCCGCCUUGGAACAACUAUGUCCGGUUUCCGUAAAAUUUAAUCGAGCGGACGAGAAUCCAAAUCGAACUCUAUACCGAUCAAGAAUUUCCAUGGUUUCUUGUACUUGUUUCACUAUAGAAAAAAACCGAAUUCCCUCACGACAUUUUUUAACAAGGUUUUAUGCGGCUGUGGAUACCUCGACGGAACGGAAAUAUCGGAGGCGAUAUCUGUCGCUAUCAAUUUAAACCUGAACGGAUUAAAGCCCCAAUUUUUCGCGCCCCACGUGCCGCUAUGCGGGCCCAUGGACCACCUUUGUAGGCAGCCGGAUACGAGCGGGGCCAGAAACGCGCUCGUUGAGGCCGCGAGAAUCGUGAGAUCGGAAAUUCGCCCGCUCUGCGAAUGCGAUUGCAACUCCGGUCGAGCUCUGAUAAUUCCCGGGGGUUUCGGAUGCGCGAAAACUUUAAGCGACUUCGCAAGUCGGGGCGCCGAGUGCACUGUCCUCCCAGAUUUUGAGAGGGUCAUCACGGAGUUCGCCUUGUCAAAGAAACCCAUAGGAGCGAUAUGCUUAGCUCCGUUUUUCGUCGCCAAAGUAUUGUGCGGCACGAAAAUAACCUUAGGAAAGACGAGUCCUCCGGCCAAAUGGCCCCAUUCCUCGGCGAUUGCAGAGGCGCGAAAAAUCGGAGCUAAAAUCGAGGAACGCGACGUUACACAGGUUACCCAUUGCAAAGAGCACGAUGUCUUCAGUACACCGGCCUGGAUGUACAACGGAACUUACGCCGACGUUCACGAUGGCAUUGGAAGGCUGGUGAAAGCUCUGAAAAAGAGGAUUAGAUAGGCAGCGAAUGUAGUCUAGUUUAAAUGGUUGUCCAAGUGAUUCUGUGUCAGUGGAAACCGAGAGGUUUGUAAAUAUUUUACGGAGUACAUACUAAUUAAUGUAAACGUCGUUGAACAAUGGAUGAAUAAAGAGAUCGUGAACCUUGAUCGAGGGUUGUACGAUUUUAUAGUUAUCACAGUGAUUAGAAAAUAUGUAUAGUUUUUAUUAAACCACUUCAUUUUUCUCACAUAGGUGUUUUUCAUUUUCUUUUUCUCAUUUACCGUUUUCAUUAUCAUGUAACUCUAUAGUCACGCUACAAUAGUCAACAACGAAAAAUAUAUAUAUAUAUAUAGGUAUA